GGCGGCGGCGGCGGCGCGGGCCGCGGGGGCUGCGGCGGCAUCGGCUCCGGUUCCUGCUGCCGGCCCCGCCGCGGGGCCCCGCCGCUAUUCGCUCUUGGCCAUCGUGGGUGGCGGCUGCCACCGGCCGGGGCUUUUGGCCGCCGCUUUACAGCAGCUGGAGCAAGGGAUCCGCUCCUGGGACAUUGACCUGAGCCUCUGCAACUUGGACGAGCAGCUCAAGCUCUUUGUCUCCAGGCACUCUGCCACCUUCUCCAGCAUUGUUAAAGGUCAACGAACUCUGCACCACCGAGGAGAGGUCCUGGAGACGUUGGUGCUGCUGAACCCCUCCGACAGGGCCCUCUGCGACGAGCUGAGGAACCUGCUGACAGAUGUGUCCCAGCACAAGCUGCUGGUGUUUGCUGGGCCCUGCGUGGAGGGCACUGGGGAGCUGAUGCUGCAGACAGGCUGCUUCUCCUGGAGGGACUUCAUCCAGAUCUUCACUGACAAGGAGGUGGGGGACAUGCUGAGCUCGGCAGCGCCCUCUGCCCGGGCCCGGCUGACCAUCAGCUGCCCUGACUUCGGCGGCUGGAAGGACUCCAGCCUGGAGCACCACAACCUGCAGGACUUCAUCGAGCUGCGCUACAACCCCGGCUGCGUGCUGCCGGCCAUGGAGGGGCUGGAGGAGUUCAUGGAGUACCUCUCGGAGUCUCUGGAGCCUCAGUCCCCCUUCGACCUGCUGGAGCCCCCCACCAUGGUUGGCUUCCUGAAGCUCUCCAAGCCCUGCUGCUACAUCUUCCCGGGGGGCAGGGGGGACUCUGCCUUCUUCGCCGUCAACGGCUUCAACGUCCUGGUCAAUGGAGGCUCCAACCCCAAGUCCUCCUUCUGGAAGCUGGUUCGGCACCUGGACAGGAUCGAUGCCAUCCUGGUGACCCACGCGGGCACCGACAGCCUGCCCGGGGUCAACAGCCUGCUGCAGCGGAAGCUGGCGGAGCUGGAGGAGGACCCCUCCCAGAGCUCGCAGGGCAACGGCGACUGGGCCAAGAACCUCAUCUCCCCCGAGCUGGGGGUGGUCUUCCUCAACGCCUCCCCGAAGCUGAAGGGCAUCGAGGGCCACUCGCGGGUGCUGAGGAGCUGCGACGAGGCCGCGCUGGCGCUGCGCUGCCUGGCCAGGUUGGGCAUCGAGCCGCAGCCGCUGGCGCGGGAGGGCGGUGCCCGUGCCCAGCCCACUGUGCUCUUCCAGAAGAUGGGCGUGGGCAGGCUGGACAUGUACGUGCUGCACCCCGUCAGGGGCACCCAGGAGCUGGACUUCCUCCUGCAGCACUGGGCCGGCGACAGCUACCCCCGGGAGCAGGACCUGCCCCUGCAGUGCCUGACCUCCGUCUGUGCCCUGCUGGUCUGGCAUCCUGUCAGCCCCUCCGAGAAGAUCAUCAGGGUCCUCUUCCCUGGCUGCACCCCCCAGGGCCGCAUCCUGGAGGGGCUGGAGAAGGUGAAGCACCUGGAGUUCCUCAGGCACCCUGUGGUCACCAAGAGCGACCUGCAGGGCUCCUCGGUGCCCCAGGCCGAGAAGCCACCCAAGCAGGGGAGGGCAGAGAGCAAGGAGAGCCUCAAGUCUGCCUCCAAGCUCAGCCUGGUGGACGCUGGGCUGGUGGCGACGCCCAAGGAGAGGGCUCCGGCCAGGGCGGAGAGGAAGGAGCUGAGGGCAGGGAGCAAGGAGAAGCCAAAAGCCCUGGGGGAGACCCCCAGGGUGGGCUCAGAAGAGAAGGAGGCCCGGGCCAAGGUGGACUCCUCGGCAGAGAAGCUGAAGGUGGAUGCCAAGCCAAAGGUGGGCAAGGAGAAGGUGGUGGCCAAGAAGGAGCCUGCCCCCCCCCGCAAGGAGGAGAGGAGGCUGCUGAAGAAGGAGGAGGGGGCCGAGGCCCCCAAGGGGGAGGCCAAGAAGGAGGUGAAGGUGGCCAAGAAGGAGACCAAGGCCGAGACGCUGCGCAAGGAGCCCAAGGAGGGCAGGGCAGAGGCCAAGGCUGCUGCCAAGCCCCCGGCCCGGGCGGCGCCGGAGCCUCGCAAGCCCCCGGGCAAGGUUGGCAGCCUCAAGAAGCCCCUCCCCAGGAAGGAGCCCGAGAAGCCCAAGGCUAAAGGCAGCCGGGAGGGAGGUGGCAGGAAGGAGCAGGGCACCUCAGACGGCUCCAAGUCCUCCUCCCCCGAGGCUGUGCUGCCGGAGCCCGAGCGGGGCCGCGGAGCUGCUUCCCCCGGCGGCAGGGGGAGGGGGAAGGAGGAAUCCACCGACGAAGGCAUCACCACGGCCGAGAGCGAGCUGGAGCCGUCCCCGCUGGAGAACGGAGGGGCCGGGGGCUCGGGGGGGGCUCCGAGGGACUCGUCCUGCCUGGAGAACGGCCUGGGGGAGCCUGACAGCCCCCAGCGGUUCCGCCGGCCGGAGAGCAGCCCCCUGCGGGCCGCCUGCCCCCCGUCCCCCCUGGCCAGGACCCCGCGCAGCGAGCGCAGCCUCAACUUCGACCUGACCCCCCCGGGGCUGCUCCCCAACCACGGCCCCGAGGGGGCGGAGGACGCCUGCGGCAGCUCGGAGGAGAAGACCCUGGAGAUGAUGUCCCCUGCCAGCUCGGGGGCGGCCAGCGCCGGGCACACUCCCUUCCACCAGUCGCCGGUGGAGGAUGGCACCGGGCAGGGGGGCGGCAAGCGGCAGCCCAGCGCUUGGCCGGCGGCAGGGGCGGGCAGAGGCUGCCAGGAGGGCUCCGGCGGCUGGCAGGAGAAGCAGGCAGGGUGCCUGUCCCUCAGCCCCUUCAAAGAUGAGGUGCCCGACGUGUCGCCCACCGUCACCACCCCCUCGCUGCCAGCCGAGGUUGGCUCCCCCCACUCCACCGAGGUGGACGAGUCGCUCUCGGUCUCCUUCGAGCAGGUCCUGCCGCCCGUCAGCGAGUCCCCCCCCGAGGAGGGCAGCAGGUCUCGGGGCACCGGGGGCACGCCGGAGCCGGAGGCUGCCAAGGGAGGCUUAUCCCUGCCCCUGCGCCCCUGCCACCACCCGGCGCGGGCCGAGGGGGAGGCGCUGGCACGGCCUGGGCACCGCUCGGGCUCGCCCCACGACGUCGACCUCUGCCUGGUGUCCCCCUGCGAGUUCGAGCACCCCAAGUCGGAGAGGUCCCCCCCGGGCACUGCCAGCCCCCGCGAGCUGUCCGACAGCGACCCCUCCCAGGAGCUGGUGCCACGCAGGGGGGGCCGAGCCUGGCAGCCGGCGGGCGAGACCCCCCCCACCUCGGUCAGCGAGUCGCUGCCCACCCUGUCCGACUCCGACGUGCCCCCUGCCACCGAGGACUGCCCCUCGCUGCUGGCCGACGGCCUGGAGUCAGACGAGGACUCGGAGCAGCCCCCCCGCGGCCUGCCCAGGGCCCGGGACCCUCUGCCCGCCCCCAUGAAGGACCCCUGCCCCCUCCCCGCCCAGCCUGGCAUCUGCAUGGUGGACCCCGAGGCGCUGCCCGCCGGCAGGAAGGACCCCCCCGGGAAAGCCAAGAGGACCCAGUCCCGCGUGGGCACGGCGCCCGCUGCCCCCAGAGCCGACCCCCCUCGCCACCCUGCCCUGGCACCCAAAGCCAGGGGCACUGCCAGCUCUGCCCGCGGCGAGGGGGACAAGGCCAAGCUGCCCCCCGGGGAUAGGAAGGGACCCUCCGGUGGGGACAGUCGCACCCCGGGCACCGCCCGCAGCGCCGGGGCUCGGCUGCCGGCAGGGGCUGGCAGAGCCUCGCCCGCAGGCACGCGGGGGGCAGCCCCCCAGGGCCCCCCCAUCUACGUGGACCUGGCCUACCUGCCUGGCUCCUGGAGCGCCCGGACCGUGGACGAGGAAUUCUUCCGCAGGGUCAGGGCCCUCUGCUACGUGGUCAGUGGCGACGACCACCUCAAGGAGGGGGUCCUCAGGUCCCUCCUCGAUGCCCUGCUGGUGGGCAAGCACCAGUGGGGCACCGACACCCAGGUGACUCUGAUCCCCACCUUCGACUCGCUGGUGAUGCACGAGUGGUACCAGGAGACCCACGAGCGGCAGCAGGAGCUGGGCAUCACUGUGCUGGGCAGCAACAGCACCGUGGCCAUGCAGGAUGAGACCUUCCCUGCCUGCAAGGUGGAGUUCUGAGCUGGGGGAGGGGCUCAGGCAGCCCCCCCCGGCCCCCCCCACACCUCCACACCUCCAUCUCCCUGCGGCGUGGGCUUCACCCCCACCCUCCUCCUCCUCCUCCAACCCUCCCCUGGUGCUGCACCGCUGUAGAGGGGAGGGGGAAGGGUGGAGAUGGGAGGGGGGAGGUAGAAAUGUAGGGGGGGUCUUUUGGAGGGGGUGAAUGAUUUUUCCCUGCCCCCCUCACCACCACCCAGGGACUGGCAGGAGGCCCCCAGGGGGCCCUCAGCACCCACUCAGCACCACGCUGCAUGCCCACACCAGAGCUGGGCACUCACUCUGUGCCCUCCCCUGUGCCAGCCCCGGGGCGGGCGGGGGGGGGCAGGAUUUUGUGUGGGUGUGGCCCCCUCCCAGCCCCCACCCAGGCGCCAGCAGUGGGUCCUGAGGUGGAGCCCCCCAAGGGCUCUGCUCGACUUAACAGGGUAAAUCUUCUCCUUUGUGCUUCGCCCCCCCCAGACCCAAGGCACUGCUGCCCCCCC